AUGUUUAAAACAGCUAAGGGCUUCUUGAAAGAGGACUUGUUGUUUGUAUCAGAAGAAAUUGGAGAGACACUGCCUGAUAAGGUAAAAAUUUCUGAACUGAAAGAUAUUAUUUUGAAUAGCAAAGAGUAUUUGGAUGAUCCAGACUUUGUGACAAAUAUUUUAGUAACGGCCGUGGGCCAGCGAAAACUAAAAGAAGAACAAAAACAAAAGCAAACAGAAUACGAAGAAAGUGGAAAAAUAAGAGAACACGAACUGGAAUUGGCGAGAAUCAGAGCAACGUUGCCAAUUACAGGUGAGUCUCAAAAUACUGUUAUAUCUGGUGCUAAAAAGAAAUUUAAUCUGCCAAAAUUAGAAUUUAGACAGUUUAAUGGCGAUAUUAAAGAUUGGCUACAAUUUUGGAGCCAAUUUCAACACAUUCAUAACGAUGAUGAAAUCGCGCCUGAGAACAAAUUUCAAUAUCUUGUGCAAGCUACUGUAAAUGGAUCACGAGCCCGAGAAGUAGUAGAAAGCUUCCCGGCAACAGCAGCCAAUUAUGCCAAAGCAGUUGAAAGUUUAAAAGCACGAUUUGGGAGAGAUGAACUAUUAGUAGAAGUUUAUGUUCGGGAAUUAUUGAAGUUGAUAAUCUCAGUUCAGAAACAUGAGAAAAUAUCGAUGACAUCUCUCUAUGAUAAACUCGAAUCUUAUCUGAGAGCCUUAGAUACUUUAGGAGUGACUACUGAUAAAUGGGUUUCAAUUCUUUAUCCCAUGGUGGAGUCUUGUUUUCAAGAGGACUUUUUGAAAGCAUGGAAUAGAAGUGCUUCUUCAGCAGUCUCAACUGAUGCUAAAGACCGUUUAACCAACUUGAUGACUUUUCUUAAAGCAGAAACGGAGGGCGAAGAAAGAAUUAAUUUGGCUAUGGCUGGUUUUGGCUUGGGUGCAGAUGAAAAUCGCCCCCAAUCAUUUAAGAAAAAAGUAAGAGAUUUUCCAAUGGAAAAAGUACCUACAGCUGCCAAUUUAUUUACUACAGCUUCAAAAGAAGUGAAGAAAGAAUGUGUUUUCUGUACUGGGAAACACUCGAGCCCAGACUGUUUUCAAGCUCAGAAGAUGAGUUUGGCUGAAAGGUAUAAUAUUUUAAGAGAGAAGCAAUGUUGUUUUGCUUGCUUAACACCAAAGCAUACAUCUCGUUCCUGUAAGGCAUUUUUAAGAUGUGUAAUAUGUGGGAAAAAGCAUGUCCCACUUAUGUGUGAGUCUCUAGAGGCUAAGAAUCAAGAUUCAUUCAAGAGUGAGAAUAAGAGGCCAAAUGUUGAAGUUAAUAUGGCCAACAACACUUCUAGUCCCAGGGUGUUCCUCCAAACGUUGAAAUUAAAAAUGGUGUGUGGUAACAAAGAAAUCCCAGUUAGGGCAAUUCUAGAUUCUGGGUCACAAAAGACUUAUGUAUUAAAGAAUGUUGUUGAGAGAAUGGGAUAUAUCCCACUCAGAAAGGAAAUUCUGAUGCACUCAUUGUUUGGGGGCAUUAAAUCUGACAAGUGCGAACAUAAUUGCUAUAGGAUAAAACUGAGAAAUCAAGACAACAGUGUUACAUGCAACCUGGAAGCAUUAGACCAGCCAUCUAUAUGUGACAAAAUUUCAUCAGUCACUCCAGGUUCAUGGAUUACAGAGCUCCGUGAGAUGAAGAUCAGGCUAUCAGAUGUAGGGGAGGAGCCCCAAUCUGUUCAAGUGCUUCUUGGUUCAGAUGUGAUAGGGAAGCUCAUGACUGGCCAGCGUAGAGUUCUAUCCUGCGGGCUUGUUGCCAUGGAGACACUACUUGGCUGGACUCUGUCAGGUAAAGUUCCUGAGAAUGAGAUGUCAUCAUGCAAUGCUAUGCUGGUGGCCUCCCUAUUUGUGAAAGAGAUGGAUAUCUCCCAAUUAUGGAGAUUAGAUUCCUUGGGGAUCCAAGAUCCUUCAGAACAAAAAACCAAAGAGGAGCUUCAUAAAGCGUCUAUGGAGCACUUCUUAAGAACUGUCAAGGUCGAUGAAGAAGAGCGAUUCCUUGUCUCCCUACCUUGGCUUGACGGUCAUUUGCCUCUUCCAGACAACUUCAAUUUGGCACUCAAAGGGUUGCAAGUGACAACCCAUAAGCUGAAGAAGGAAAACUUAUUUCAAGAAUACGGUGAUGUCUUUAAAGAAUGGGAACGAGAAGGCAUAAUUGAAGAAGUUCCCCAAGAGGAAAUAAAGUCUGCUUGUCACUACCUGUCCCAUCGACAUGUGGUGAAGCCGAACAGCACUACGAAAAUUAGGCCCGUCUUUAACGCUUCAUCAAAACAAAAGGGAGCGGUCAGCCUCAACGACAGUUUGGAAAAGGGAUUAAACUUGAUUGAAUUGAUCCCUUCCAUGUUAACAAGGUUUCGACUGUAUAGGUUUGGCAUUUCGGCUGAUAUACGGAAGGCCUUCUUACAAAUAAGUCUAUAUAGGGAGGAUCGAAAUUUCCUGCGAUUUUUGUGGCACAGUGAAGAAGGAGAACUCAUACAUUACCGACAUUGCCGAGUGGUGUUUGGUGUUUCCAGCAGCCCUUUCUUGCUUGGGUCAAAAAUCCAAUACCACUUGGAGAGAAAGUUGGAAGAAGCGCAGCAAGGCCGUGGAAGAUACCCUGAGUGCAUUAUUCAAAAGUUGAUGAACAGCUUUUACGUGGACAAUUGUUUAGCAAGCGUCAAAACCCAGUCGGAGCUAGAACGAUUUAUUGAUGUAGCCACGGAGAUCAUGGCUGAAAGAAAAUUCGACUUACGAGGGUGGGAGCACUCUAGCCCCUCUGAUCCAAUAACAAGUCCUACAAUCAUCCUGGGAACGAUUUGGGACAGACAUUGUGAUACUCUUUCAAUAAAUAUUCCUGAUUUGAGAGAACUAAUGGAAGAGGUAAUCACGAAAAGAAAUAUUCUUGCUGCUUCCCACAAAGUGUUUGAUCCCUUGGGGAUUACCAGUCCAGUGUUGCUACUACCAAAACUCUGGCUACAAAAUUUGUGGAAAUCUAAAAUCGGUUGGGAUGAAGAAGUAGGUCUAAAAACACGUCAAGAUUUUCUGAAGUGGCUAAUGGAGCUGGAAUAUUUGAAGCAUGUUAAAGUACCAAGGUGGUUACACUGUGAUAGCGGAUUUGAGCAUAUUUCAUUGCAUUUUUUUUGCGACGCAAGCAAACUAGCCUAUUCUGCGGUUGUUUUCCUACGAGUUGAUAGUGGAAACUCUGUACACAUACAACUGGUGCAGAGUAAAACUAGAAUUGCACCUUGUGGGAAAAAGGAAACAACUAUUGCAAGGCUGGAACUUCUUGGUGCUGCUAUAUCUGCUCGUCUUUCUUCCACUGUCUUGAAAGAGUUUCCAACAUACGAUGUUUAUUUCUGGACAGACUCUACUACUGUGCUGGCUUGGUUGAAGAGAGAAGAACCGUGGGGUAUAUUUGUUUACAACCGUGUUCAAGAAAUUCGGAAGCUGACACCAGUCAAAGCCUGGAGACACGUUCCUGGAUCACUGAAUCCAGCGGACUGUCCGAGUAGAGGGUGUUCAGCGAAGCAGCUUUGCAGUUCGAAAUGGUGGGAAGGUCCCAGUUGGUUGUAUCUUUCGUCUCAUGAAUGGCCUGUUAGUGAUGUUGUAGUAGAUGUCAAUGAGGAAGAAGUGAAUAAAGAGAGAAGAGCUAUCGUGACCUCUAUGAAACAUCAGAGUAGUGGCUUAUCUAUUGAGAAGACUCCUGAUUUACCUACUGACCGUGUUCCUGAUUCACCUGCUGAUCAUGUUCCUGAUUUACCUGCUGACCAGGUUCCCAAUUCUCCUGUUGAAAGGACUGAUAUUUCUGAGGAGAUACACCAUACCAAAACCAGAUUAGGAAGGACCAUAAACGUUCCUCGUAAAUUGGACUUGUGA